CAUUAAAGCAAACGAAGACAAAUAUUAUAAUGCACGGCAGCAAGAUGUGUGGAUAUUUGUUGUAAUCUCAUUGCAAAUUUAACACAAGACACGCAGAGUGAUUGGCUGUUUGUGGACAAAAGCGGCUUUACCUGCCAGGUGGAUCGGAGGAGAGAUAGAGGGAGAGAAAGAGAGAGAGAGAGAGAGAGAGAGAGAGAGAGAGAGAGAGAGAGAGAAGAAGAAGAAAAAGAAGCGGGGCGAGAAAAGUCGACUUACCUGUAGCCUAACUUCUGGCAACUCACUCAUUCUAUUACCUGCUCCGACUUGAAAGUCCAGUUUCACAAGGAAGAACCGUAGAGGAAGCAAAAUAUGUCACAGGAGACAGACAAUAAGCGUCUGGUUGUGGUGGUCCCCAACGAGAGCUCCUACCCCGCAGUGCGGCGAGCUUACACCAGUGAGGACGAGGCAUGGAGGUCGUACCUGGAGAACCCGCUGACAGCCGCCACCAAGGCCAUGAUGAGCAUCAACGGGGACGAGGACAGCGCCAACGCCCUGGGCCUGCUCUACGACUACUACAAGGUGCCUAAAGAAAAGAGGCUUCUGUCAGUUCCUAAAGUAGUAGAAAUUACAGAGGAACAAGAGAAGAGGUCUGCAUUGGUGAGCAACCCCAGCAGCCAAAGUGAGGUGGAGAUGGUGGACAACCGUGUUCAAGUCCUCAAAUCUGUUCCUGUCAACCUGUCGCUGAACACGGAGCACCAGGAGACCAAACGGGAAGACUUCAGCAGCUCAACCGAGGUGGUGUCAGGGGAUGGAGACACGCCAGCUGUGGCCGUGGUGAAGGCCGAGGUGUACGCGCCCGUCUUCAUGACGGGAGCAGGGCUUCACUACAGGGUGGAGGCUGAGGAGUCGUCGCGGGUGAUCUACGAGCAGAGUCCGUAUGAAGUGACCACCGUCAGUCACAGCUCGUAUGUGAAAGUCGACCAGCAGAGUCCGCCUGACAGCCCGUAUGAAGAGGAGAGAGACGUGCGUUCUCAACAGAAGUACCACACACCUUCCUCUCUGGCUACAGAUGACUUCUUAUUUCACCAGGAGGGAGUUGACAGUUUCCAGUACACGCUGGAUGCCACUCGCUCGCUGCGUCAGAAGCAGGGUGAGGGGCCGAUGACCUACCUGAACAAAGGCCAGUUCUACGCUGUGACGUUGAACGAGCUCAGUUCCAACAAACGCCUCCGUCACCCCAUCAGCAAAGUUCGGAGUGUGAUCAUGGUGGUGUUCAGUGAAGACAAGAACCGAGACGAGCAGCUGAAGUACUGGAAGUACUGGCAUUCUCGGCAACACACAGCCAAACAGAGAGUGUUAGACAUCGCUGAUUACAAGGAGAGCUUCAACACGAUUGGCAACAUUGAAGAAAUCGCCUACAACGCCAUCUCCUUCACCUGGGAUGUAAAUGAAGAGGCCAAGAUCUUCAUCACAGUCAACUGUCUGAGUACAGACUUCUCUUCUCAGAAGGGGGUCAAGGGUCUUCCUCUGAUGAUCCAGAUCGACACGUACAGUUACAACAACCGCAGCAACAAGCCACUGCACAGGGCCUACUCACAGAUCAAGGUCUUCUGUGACAAGGGAGCAGAGAGGAAAAUAAGGGAUGAGGAGAGAAAACUGUUCCGCAAGAAGUCAAAAGGUAAAGAUGGAGGUGUAGGGGUGAUAACCGCUCCCAAGAAGUCCGACACCACUUAUUUCAAGACUAUGAGCGACCUGGAGGCUCAGCCCGUACUCUUCAUCCCCGACGUUCACUUUGGCAACUUGCAGAGGGCCGGACAGGUGUUUACCUUCAACACAGAGGAGAUCGAGAGAGAAGGGAGUGUGCUGGUGAAGAGGAUGUUCAGGCCGCCAGACGAAGAUCUGUGUCCGUCACCUCAAAAACAGAUCAAAGAGGAGACGCACAAGAAAGUGCUGUUGUACGUAAGAAAGGAGACGGACGAGGUGUUUGACGCUCUAAUGCUGAAGAAUCCAACGCUCAGAGGCCUGAUGGAUGCUAUAUCAGAGAAGUAUGGCGUGGCCACAGAGAGGAUAGCCAAAGUGUACAAGAAAAGUAAAAAAGGGAUUCUGGUGAACAUGGACGAUAACAUCAUUGAGCAUUACUCCAAUGAAGACACCUUCAUCCUCAAUAUUGAGAGCUACGCAGACGCCUACAAGAUCACACUGACAGAGAUCUGACUGCUCAUCAGCCGACUCGAAGGACAGCAGGCUGAGAAGAAGGAGACGCUGUGACUUCUGGUUGGCUGAAAUCAACGAGGCUGCUAUUGAUUGGCUGAUAAGCUGACUGACAGUAUUGGAGACGUUGGCGUUGCUCCAACGCUUUGAGGUCAACGUCGACACAUUUGAUCCCUCUCUGACACUGUUACACUAUGAAGCAAGUCAUAUUUUCUGUGCAGGAGGACAACGACCCUAUAAAGAGAGGACAUUAUAGAAAUUCUAUGAACUGGUUAUAGUCACUUCCUCAUUGUACUCAUCCUCUAUGUUGUGAGGUGAAACGAUGCAAUACAGAUCCACGGCUUCCACCUUUGCUAAAUAUUUGUAUUGUAUAAAAAAAGUUUUACUUUUCUGUACAGUCUUGUGUUUCUGCCAAACAACACAUCAGGAGUAGCCUUAUGAAAAACCUGAUGCACUGUAUGUAGCUUGAAUUAGUUGGGUCUAAUUAACGUAGCUUCUUUGCCUGCCAGCCUUUGUUUUUGUUAGUUGUGUUAUUAUUUAUUAAUGACAAUGUUUUUCAUUUCAUUUCUUCAAGGAUUUCAAGUACUUACAUUUCAGUGACUUUGUUUAGUCACCCUCUCUAAGAGUACUCAAGGAGUUUAAAUGGCUAAUCACUAUUUUUCAGCCAUGUUGUACCAUUUACAUGUUGACAAAUUUGUAGGACCUAACAUGAAAUGGUAAUGACUAAAAAAUAAAUAAUGUAAACAAUGUGUGUUUGGUGACAAAUGG